AUGACUUUGCUCGAGUUGAAGCGUUCCAUUGCUGAUGAACUGGAUGUGAGAGAAAGCAGCUUGAUGCUGUUCACGAAGGAAGGAGAGUUCCUGAAGGGCGAUGAUCUAGUUGCUACGUUCGGCGUGGGUGGGCCUAACAGUCCUGUUUUCGUGCUGAACCAGGCUGACCUGGAGUUAGCCAAAUCACCACAGUCAAUCAUUGACAAAGAGGCCGCCAGGUUACUGGAAGGCCUGGAAGAGCACUUCCGAAUGGCCAUUGACAUGCCACCAUCAUUGGAUGCCCUCAAGAAGAGACUUGCGCUCGUCAGAAAUUGCCUUACUCAUGGCAACGACGUUAAUUCUGCUCUUCUGCGCAUGUUACAAGAGCACUUGAUGCAGCAGACGGGCCUCGAGGCUCUCUGUCGCAGUGUGCAGCCCCUGAGAGAGAGUCUGGAAGAGCGACUAAAGGAUGGCUUUGCUCGCCGUGACGCACUGCUUUCCAAAUCUGAUGAGCACUCGGCACUGCUGGAGAACUUCCCCGAUGUCCUGGAGACGCUGUCGCAGCUGAGCUUGCCCGGUGGCGUACACGAGUGCCUCACGGCCAGUCGCAGAUAUCUGGCUGGUAGCUGUGACAGUGUUACUUCAGCCAUGGGAUACAGCCGAGGUGGUGUGGCGGCAGCAGCAGCACCGGAAGUCGUUAUUAACGAAGUUGACACUAGUUCGUCCUCUCUUUGCAUUCAGAUCAGUGCUGACUUUCCACCUGGAUGGGCUCACUGUACAGAAGAUUUCUACAAGCGACUGGAGCUUGUGGACCAGUACGCACGGCCAGGUGGUCUGCCAGAGGUUAUUGUCAAGCUGCGCGGUGCGUCGGAUAAAGUACGACAACUCAUCAGAGAGCAGGAAAUGUACAUGGAGAGUAUGCACAAGCAGCAGCAGAAUUUCUGGGCAAAUGCGACGGAUGACGCCCAGCUGCUCAAGACACUUCAUGAAAGUCACAAGAAGCAGCUGGAGGCCAUGCUGUCCAAUCACCAGGAGAUCCUGCAAGUGUUCAGUGACGUGUCCAAGUCCAAGGUGAACAUGUGUGUCCAGAUGCAGACCUGUUAUCAAUUCUUCGUCGGCCUGUACCGCAAGGUGGCGGAGUUUGACGAGAUCGGCAAGCCGGCGCUCACCUUCCUGAAUCUGCUGCAGCAGAG